AGUAGAGUGUCUGAAGGUCCUGNCUAAAUUCCUGUAAAACACCAAAAUGGGGUUAAUAAAUACAAAGNUACAAGAAUUUCACAUGGCUGAAUCAAAAAGUGCCACCACCCAAGCUGUGAAGAAGGAUGAGAAAUCCAAAUAUAAAGUCAAGGUAACUAAGAAACCAGUGGUUAUGAAGAGAUUNGAUCAAGCCAUUAUGAAAAAGCCAUUCCCCCCAAGAGCUCAGACUCCCUUGGUUAAGGUAAAGAAAGAAAGAAAACCACAAAGAUUAGGCCUUUACCAUCGNGUAAAUGCUAAGCCUAACCAGGAUGUACAGGAUGAUCUUGACAAAAGNGAGGACAGCAGUACCAGCAGCACCACAAGUGAUGACCUGGAUAGCCAGUGAAGCAGGAUGGAGGCCAGAGACCUUAGAAACAUCUAUCAUGCAUCCCGAGGUCUCCACCCUGACCAGUGGGAAACUGUGAAGACAGCAACUUUGUAGCCCCUGGUCGUCAGAUGAUGAAAUAAAAUUGAGCUCUUAGGAGUGAA